AUUGGAUGCAUGAUGCAUUUCCAUGAAACCAUAUUUUGCGCAACGGCAUCCACCUCAAAUGGCCCUGGCAACGUCGCUAUUCAUGAUAUACAAACUGGAACUCCCUUGGCCUCUUUCAAGCAGACUAAUGCCAGUGCACACUGUACCGCAUUCGUCGAGUCUGGCGAUUCGCAGGGAGGCUUCAUCUUAGCGGCCCAACCAGAUAAAUCGCUUCUUAACAUGUACAACUUUCAAAAGGACCAAAUUAGCUUGAAAAUGGUAUUACCAGAAAAGUUGUCUUGUGUCGCUGUGGAUCGCAGGGGAGAAUAUGCGGCCGGAGGAACAUCGAAUGGUCGGAUAUAUCUGUGGGAGGUGUCCUCUGGCGUCCUUUUCAACUCGUGGGACGCUCAUUAUCGCGACAUAACGGUAUUGCGAUUUACUCAAGAUGGCGUUGCAUUGAUAUCGGGUAGCCAGGACUCUGGCGUGAGCGUCUGGUCCGUAUCCAGACUGGUGGACGAUGACUUUCAGAAUGAACUCGUCUUGCCUUAUUGCACCUUGGCCGAUCAUACCCUUUCGGUCACAGAUAUCGUCUGUGGUCUUGGCACUUUCCCUACGUGCAGAGUGCUGACUGCGUCCAUUGACCAUUCAGUCAAGCUGUGGGAUCUGUCCUCUAAGUCGCUUUUGACUGUCUUUCAGUUUCCCAAAGCAAUCGCUUGUCUUGCUUGGGACCCUACGGAACGCUUGUUUUUCGCCGCAUCAUCGGAUGGAUCUAUAUACCAGAUGAACCUCUUCAGACAGUCCAAAGACACAGUGAAAGGGCGCACUAUGGAAGCCAUCGGCGGCGCUGGUGUUCAUGACAUCAUUCGCAUUGAUGAUGAAGGACCCUUCCCUUCAAACAAAAGGCUGAUAUCCGUUGGCCAAGACGUUACUUGUCUCGCGAUUUCAUUUACAGGUUCGCUCCUAUUGGUAGGAACCUCCGUAGGGUUAAUCCACAUCUAUGAUAUCGCAUCUCAUCAACUACUGCGUGCUAUCUCCACACACAAAGGAUUCUCAAUAACUUACCUCGCAACCAUGCUCAAACCUCCGGAUCUGAUUGGUCAUAUCAAUCUCACCAUGAAUUUUGCAGAUGCUCGAGAUCUUAUCCCCGUGAAGCCAGUGCUUCCCUUCCAGAGGAUCCGAGACGCGAAAAUACGUGACAUGCAUGAGGUGUCCCUUAUCCUUCCUCCUAGAAAUGCGGAAUACGACGAUGAAAUAACAUUUUAUCCUUUAUCGUCUUUCCUUCGUGACCAGGAGUUCUUUGUCAAGCCCUUGGGCUCUAGCAAUAGAGAAGUAGACCAAGACGCAGUUUCUUUGGGUUCCAGGGUGACAAAUCUCGAGGCCGAAGUUGUCCAUCUUAGAGAGCAGCUCGGGAAGGCAAAAGGGUUGAAUGAUAUGAUGUGGGAUACUGUUGUUCAACGUGUUAUCGGUCAACCUAAGACGAAGAGUACACCCGCUGAUGCCACAUACUCUGCGGAAAGCGACAGGCCCCGUAAACGUGGUCGGACAAACACAUAGUUAGAAAAUAGCAGACAUCUGUAUAAUCUUGGUACACCGAUGUUCGCUGAUUCUACACUGACGACACAGAUAUACUUUUUCGUUCCGUUUAAUGACGCUAUUUCCAACACAUUCGAUGUUCG